UGAGAGGCAGCAAGUAGUGGGAGCCGGAGGUUGGGUGAGGGUUGAAGACAGGGUAUUUUGGGUAAUUGUGCGGAGAGAAAGGAACAUAAAAUUCUAAAACUCGGAGGGGUGUACAUUGUAAAGACAACAUACAUAGAGAUUAACUUCCUUCCUUGCGUCUUUCAUCAUUUGGGAUUUUUUGUAUUUGGGGAGUAAUCAGAUGAUGAAGAGUGUACGUGGGUAUUUUAAUCAUCAGUUUAAUAAAUUCGGAUGACCAUAUUAUCGUCGGGCCGCUGUAAUAGAAUGGAUUUACGGGGUCUCCGUGAAAAACCAAUGUUUCCGAAGGAGGAAAAAAAGGUGCGUGUUCAAUUUAGAAGCUCCGGUCAGUCACCAGCAGUAGAGAAAUGACUACUACGGCUCUUUGGAGACCAUCGGCCAUACCCAUAUUCUCUCUUACUACUAUUUUACCUCUAAAUCGAAAACCCAAUUCCCCAGCAGCAUUAUCUACGAAAAUGGCCCUCAAUAUUAACGCCAACAACAUCAACAGCAGCAGCAGCAGCAAGGGGAACGAGAUCAGAUCCCACCUUAAUACCAAUAAUCCUAGCAAUGGGAAGAGUCAGAGAAAGCUACCGGUUUUUCUGUUCGACGUCAUGGACACGAUCGUUCGCGACCCUUUUUAUCACGAUGUUCCUGCUUUCUUCGGAAUGUCAAUGAAGGAAUUAAUUGAAUGCAAGCAUCCAACAGCAUGGAUUGAAUUUGAAAGAGGGUUGAUAAAUGAGACAGAGCUUGCUGGGAAAUUUUUUAAAGACGGAAGGCUUUUUGAUUUGGAAGGGCUUAAAAGUUGCAUGAUAAGAGGAUACUCUUACAUAGAAGGAGUUGAAGAAUUACUUCAUGCUUUAAAGCAAAGCCACUACGAGAUGCAUGCUUUCACAAAUUAUCCGAUCUGGUAUGAAUUGAUUGAGGAGAAGUUGAAACUCUCAACCUAUCUAUCUUGGUCCUUCUGUUCAUGCAUAACUGGUAAAAGGAAGCCCGAUCCCGACUUUUAUUUAGAAGUUCUGAGGCAUCUUAAUGUUGAGCCAGCAAGCUGUGUCUUCAUUGAUGACAGGAUGGCAAAUGUUGAGGCUGCAACUGAUGCUGGAAUCGUCGGUAUACAUUUCAAGGGUGCAACUUCAUUGCGUCAGGAUCUCACUCUCCUAGGCCUUGAUUUUUCAGUAAACAAAGAUGAUGAAGAUCCAGCAGAGCAUAAAGCAGAAUACUUCCCUUGAGUUCUGUUAGCUCUCACACAGUACCUGAUCGUAGAUUUUACAUAUUUUAAUGUUUACCUUUAUUUCGUAUAUAGCGGAUUCAAUUUUGAGUUGGUAUGGAAAUAAUUUAUGACCUGUUUGUACCAACACCUUUUAAUCUCUAAUGACUCUUACAUUACAGAGAUUUCCUUUA